AUGUCGACCAAAGCAAAGAUCACCUUCUUCACCACCGUUUCCGUGACCGCCGGUGUUGUGUACGGUGUCCACUGGCUGCAGAAGAUGGAGCAAGGACAGAUGCACGCUGGUGUUUUGAGGGAUGCGGAACGUAUGCGUGUCCGUAAGGAGCGUGAGCUUGAGCUUAUUGCUCAGCAGGAGUUGCAGAAGCAGUAUGAGAAGGUGCAGACUGUUACACGAGAUGAAUCAAAGUCAUGA